CAGGAGACUGUCACACAUCCACCAAAAACAAGAUGAUGUUUCCAGCUCUGGCCUCCAUACUGCUGCUUAUUUCUUCUGCUCGGUCUUUCCAGUACACAGAACUGGCUCAGUACGUUGACAGCCACCAAGAAGAAUACGUUGAGGCUCUCAGGGACUGGGUUGCAAUUGAAAGUGAUUCCAGCGACAUUCUGAGGAGACCGGACCUCCAUCGUAUGAUGGAUGUGGUGGCUCAGAAGCUGCAGCUCAUGGGAGGAACUGUGCAGUUAGUCCAAGUCGGAGAACAAGAGCUUCCUGGCGGACAGACUUUGGAGUUUCCUAAAGUGGUGACAGCUGAGUUUGGUAACGACACCAACAAACACACAGUGUGUGCCUAUGGUCACGUGGACGUCCAGCCAGCAAAGCUGGAGGAUGGCUGGGCUACAGAUCCCUACAACCUGACAGAAAUCAAUGGAAAUCUGUAUGGAAGAGGAGCAUCAGACAACAAGGCCCCAGUUUUGGCCUGGAUUCAUGCGAUUGAAACAUACCAAGCUCUCAAUAUGGAGUUACCUGUGAAUGUGAAGUUUCUCAUCGAGGGUAUGGAGGAGACAGGGUCUAAUGGUCUGGAUGCCAUGAUCCUAGCCCAGAGAGACACUUUCUUCUCAGAUGUUGAUUACAUCAUCAUUUCUGACUGUGGUUGGCGGAGUAGACGACCGGCCCUCACUUACGGCACCAGAGGAAACUGUUACUUCUUUGCUGAGGUUGAAGGACCCAAGCAAGACUUGCAUUCUGGUGUCUAUGGCGGUGUUGUGAUUGAACCAAUGACUGAUUUGAUUGGCAUCCUUGAUACCCUCAUCAGUCCCAGUGGAAAGAUCCUGAUUCCUGGGAUCAGGGAAGCUGUGGCUCCCCUCUCGGAUGAAGAAUGGAAAAUGUACCAGGAUAUUGAGUUCGAUAUGAACUAUUACAAGGAAAAUAUUGGUGUCAGUCAGCUCAUGUACAACAACAAGGUGGAUCUGUUAGCUCACAUGUGGCGCUACCCCACUGUCUCCAUUCAUGGUAUCCAAGGUGCCUUUUCUGCCAGUGGAACAAAGACUGUCAUUCCUGCUAAGGUUACUGCCAAGUUCUCAAUAAGACAAGUACCCAACAUGGAUCCUGCUUUGGUCAAGAAACAGGUAACAGACUACCUUCAUUCAGUGUUUGCCAAAAGGAAGAGUCCCAACAAGUUGGAAGUCACUAUGGUGAUUGGGGCUAAGCCCUGGCUGGCUGACACCCAACAUCCUCUCUAUGAGGCAGGAAAAGCAGCUGUCAAAAAAGUUUUCAACAUAGAUCCUGAUUUGAUCCGUGAAGGUGGAACCAUCCCUGUUGCCAAAACCUUCCAGGAUGUGACUGGGAAGAGCAUAAUUAUGUUGCCCAUUGGAGGUUUUGAUGAUGGGCUGCACUCCCAGAACGAGAAAAUUAGCAGGUACAACUACAUUGAGGGAACCAAGUUAUUCAUUGCGUUCCUGAAUGAGGUGUCCCAGAUUAAGAUGAGUGUGUGACGCAGUAUACAAAGGUGUGAUUAAAGUGUGUGUCCUCUUCAACAACCGUCCAAUCACAGCAAAGCUUCAAUUUGUCUCUUUAUCUCUCUAUUUAUUCUCUUUGUCUGUCCAUGCAAUGUCAGGCAUUUUUCACUGUAGUAGUU